GCCCGAUCACCGAACGGAGAGGGUUUUCCGUGACAAUAACACCGAGUACCGCUUGCAAGUAGGCUACCGUAGGCUAGAUUUGUUUGGUACAGUUUGAACAGGAAACGUUGCCAGCCCCAUACGCCAAAUGGACAGUUCCUGAGGAAAGAAGCCUUUUCUAACUUGUUAUUUUAAAAAGCUCUUUAAGCGGCCUACGUCACUCCGUAAAUGGCAAGUAAAGUUUGAUUGACAGUUUGACAGGUGUCAUAGCGUGUGGCUCCGCCUAGCAGCUUGGGAGCUGCUAUGGACAAGGCGCCUGAAAAGUUACGCGUGACUCGAUCCAAACGCAUCCUCAUUUACCAUCACCACUGGACGUCAGCUCCAUGUGGGAAUAACACAUUCUUCUUAGAUGCCAGCAUUGUGUUUUUAACAGUUUAAAGGAUGAACAUCAUUACUUGUCGCCCAUGGUUACCGUGACGUCAGGAUCCAUUAGAAGUGAUGACGUGUUGUCAUGUGAUUGGUCUUCUUGCUUCAGGCUUACUUAUUAUUAACAUCGACGCCCUGUGCCGUAAUGUCCAUUCAAUCACAGACCGUACACUGAGUGGUCACGUGAUAAAAACGCUACCCGAUAAAAGCCUGGAAAAUUGCAUAACCGCUUGCGAGCGAGAAUCACAUUGCUACAGCGUCAACUACUUGUCAAUCACAAAGACAUGUCAGCUGAAUAAUAAGACACUUAAAUGGUACCCCGGGGAUGUCGUGAUUUCACCCGGCGCGGUGCAUCUCGGGAGUCUGGCGCGGGAUUACGAUCCAUGUGUGGACAGAGAGCCGGCGUGUGACGGCACGUGCCUAGCCUGGGCCGGUACCUUGGAAACCACGUGUCUGUGUAACCAUGGCAACACAAGUCUUUGUCAAUCAUCAGCUUGCAUCCCAAGCGCUCUGGGCAUGCAAUCUGGCGACGUGCUUACAUCUCAAAUAAUAGUCUCGUCAAACAGCGCCCAAAAGGACUGGGGACGACUUAACUUUGAGAACGCGAAAGCUUGGACUCCACAAACAGAUAAUUUGCGUCAAUGGUUUCAAGUGACAUUCGCACCGCAUCAGAAGGUUUUCACAAAGAUUGCCACAAGGGGAGGCGCACCCUUCUUUUGGUGGGUUAAAAGAUACGAGAUCAACUUCAAAGUGGAGGAAAAUAGGGCCUGGGUCAGCUACAAUCUGGAUGGGAAGCCUGUGGUGUUUCAGGGAAACAGAGACAUGUCCAGUGUCGCUUAUAAUAAGUUUUUAAGGCCGUUCAAAGCUACGACAAUCCGACUCCUUCCUCGGCUGUGGUCUGGACGGAUAGCACUAAGAGUCGAGCUGUACGGAUGUUAGCCUCAUCUUCAGACGCGCAAGGGAGCGCGGCGUACUCACACCCGCACGUAGAAAAACAGUUUGUAACAAACAGUAUAUGAGUCAACGGUCAGCCUUUGACUGACUACAGCGUCUUGUUGCGUACUUUUUGUAUCAUCAUCAUCUGUGCAUCUAAUAACAGACGCACGCAAAAAAAAAAAAAAAGAUCUAUUUGUUAAAUAUACCUGACGUCCUGUGAU